CUCUCUCUCUGAUAUCGAAUGGCGGCGCUUAGAAGGCUGGUUGGGCCUAAUCCUAGUUUAUCAUACACUUCUCUUCUUCCUCCAAAUUUUCUCAUUUGCUGCAGAGGAAUUGCCUCCAGACUUUUCGUCGGAGGAUUGUCCUCUUACACCACAGAGCAAAGAUUAUCAGAAGCAUUUUCUCAAUAUGGUCAAGUUGUUGAAGCAAAAAUUGCAAUGGACAGGGUCUCAGACAGAUCAAAAGGAUUUGGAUUUGUGACCUUUGCAUCAGAAGAUGAAGCAGAGAAAGCCAUUGCUGAGAUGAAUGGAAAGGCUCUGAAUGGCCGUGUUAUUUUUGUGGAUUAUGCAAAGCUCAAAACCAGUUUCGGAGGUGGAAUGGCAGAAGCCAGAGGGCCUCCAGAACCGACUGCUAACAAGUGAAUACUUAUACGAGGAUGUUAUUUGUGCAGAACUUUUAUCAGCUUAUUCUUGCUUAUAAUCAAUAUUUUUGUGACAAUUGGAGAUGUAUGCAACAACUGAAGCGCCAGUCAGCACUAGAAGCUAGAGUUGAUACUAUUUCAGGUCAGAAUCGAACAUUCUUUGAAGACAGUGGAUGAGACUGUAGGAAAUUCACACCAAAACAGUUUUCUGUUCCUUUCCAUUUCUUGUAACGUUAAUUGGUUGGGAAAAGAUAAUUUAUAGUAAUGCUGAAGUGGGGUUUAUUGAUAGUUAGCCUGUUGAAGGAGUAGUGGCUGUUGAUGGUCCGAUGUUGUUUAUUGUCAUUGUUGAGUUUGGCGUGCAUCCAGUGAUUCUGUGUAAAAAGUAAACGGUAGAGAUUGCAAGAUUGGGAAAGAAUUCUAGUUA